AUGACGGGGAGCCCAGGCGCCCACGGGCAACGGUAUGUUCACACGCAUUCCCCUGCAGCUGCACCAGGAGCUGAUCGGAGGGUGUUCUCCUCGCCUGAGCAGUCCGAUGCGAUCUCCCCUCGAGGAGAGAAUCCUCCCACCUCACCUUUAUCACCCACCCGCGGCCGUCGAGGAACUGCUGGUGACGCCGACUUUGUUUCUCCCACCCGCCGUGUGUCCGGUCGUGAUGGCUCCGGGGCUGGAGUUCGUCGACGCAGUUCCGCCGCUUCCCGCCGCAGUGGUGGCAGUGGCAUUCCCAGUUUGGCGCCACGCACCACGCUGGCUGAACGAACCCAAGGUCGCUUCACCAUGGCUGGUCCCGAUGAGACGCCUCAGCUGCGCUUGGCCCAUGAACCGUUUGUGCAACCCGGCUACGGCGAUCUCAAUCCGUCCUACGAACAACCCGCCAACUCCAAACCAGUCUGGGGUUUGGCGAAGCCACUUCCUCGUGUCGUCCGACCGGGCAUGGUACCGACGAAGGAGGAGCUGUUGGAAGCCCGUCAAAACAUUCAGCUGCCAGCCGAAAACUCACAGAAGCUGGGGCUGGAGGUCGAUCCCAAUGACCUGGAGCAAGGCCAAAUCGAGAAGUCGGCUGACCCUCGUAAAAUGGCGGCCCAGGUGGAAGAUGCCCGGAUCCAACGCGAGAACAAUUUCAUGAACAAGAUUCUGAGUGGGGAUGCCACCACAACGCGACAAGGCUCGCGCCUCUCGCGCACUUCGUCAUCGCGCAUCCGCCGUCCAUCUGCCUGGGAUCUCCCGCCGGAGAACCUGUCAACGGUGCCCGAAGGCGAAACGCCGGCUCCCAGUGAGACCCAUGAGGAACCCCCUCAGAUGAGUAGUGAGGAGCCCUUGGAGCCCGUGCCGGAGGAGCCCGAGCUGCGCGCUGACGAUGGCAAGGACGGGAUGAUGAUGGACGACCUGCCCGACCUGGAGGAGAUCGAGGCCGCCUAUCCGGAAGAUCUGCAUCCGCUGGUGCAGGAGCUAGUGGAGGAGGAGGUGCACAACAACCACACCACCUGGUCCGUCAUCCGCACCCAUCACCGCGAAGCCCUGGCCGAGUCUCUGGGGGUCUUCGUGCAGCUGUUCGUCGGCUUUUGCGGCGAUCUAGCAGUGACCGUGGCCGACGCCGGUAAUCCCAACACCACCGACUGGGUCUGGGGGUUUGCUACCAUGAUGGCCAUCUACGUCUCUGGUGGUGUGUCCGGUGCCCACCUCAACCCAACCAUCACCAUCAUGCUCUGGUUCUAUCGUGGAUUCCCCAAGAGCAAGAUGCCCGAGUACUUUGCUGCACAGUUUUUGGGGGCCUUCAUCGCCGCGCUCGCCGCGUACGGUCUCUACUAUCACUCCAUCCAACAUUAUCUCUUGACCAACUCCACCACGGGCAUCAUCACCAGCUUCGUGACCAGUCAGCGCGAGACCUGGAUCGGUCCUGGCACUGCCUUCUUCACCGAAUUCUUGGGCACGAUGGUGCUGACGGUGGUGGUAUUGGCGCUAGGUGACGAUCAGAACGCACCCCCAGGAGCGGGUAUGAACUCACUCAUCGUGGGUCUCAUGGUGACCUGCAAUACGAUGAGCUUUGCCUACCAGACGGGUGCCGCCUUGAAUCCGAGUCGAGACUUUGGGCCGCGACUGGCCUUGCUGGCGCUCGGGUACGGCUCGUCGCUGUUCACCAAUCCGUACUGGUUCUAUGGGCCGUGGGCCGGAUCACUUGCGGGCUCCUUCCUCGGUGCCUUCCUGUACGAUUUCAUGAUCUUCACGGGUGGUGAGUCGCCGGUAAACUACCCCUGGGAACGGACACAGCGGGCGAUGCGCAAGAGUCGGAUGAAGUGGGGGAAGCGGUUGCAUCUGUCUCGCCGAGACCGGGGAGAGAAGACUGUGCGUUAA